AUGAUAGACAACUCAGUGAUUAAUUUGUCUUCAUAUAGACUGACUGAUUCUGAGGGAAAAAUAUUGAAACAUGGCCUUGGCUUUGUUCCCUCACGGGACUUUGACUUGUUCCAAACUAUUUUGGACGUUAAUAGACUAGUGAGGGAUCUAACCCUAAGAAAAUAUUUCACGGGUAAUGAUAUUACAGAAAAUGUGAUGCAGGUAGAACCUAUUGCCAACUAUGAUGAUCUCGCAUUUACAGACAUUUGUGCAUUAAGUAAUUUGGAGGCUCUCUCCCAUGGCAGUAUUGAUCAAAUUCACAUAGAUAAAAUAUCUUGCAGGAUGAAAUCAAGAUCUAAUUUUUAUCCUAUCCAGGCCAGGGGCAAAGGUUUAGAGGUCUUUCACAAUAGAGUGGUUGAAGAUUUAACCGCAUUAUCUAAACAAAAAGGUACUAGUCAUUCUAACCUAACGAGGAAGGAAAGAAAAGCUAUAAAUAGCUUACAGAACAACGAUUCCAUCGUUAUUAGACAAUCAGACAAGGGAGGAAGCGUGGUUGUUUUGGAUAAGAGUACGUACACAUGUGAGGCUUUAAGACAGUUGAAUGACCCCAAAGCUUACACAUCACUAAGGAGAGAUCCCACUAUGCAGUAUCAGUCUAUGCUCAAGGACCUUUUGUAUGAUGGUUUGGAGAUGGGCAUCAUUGACAGAAAGUCAUUUGAUUGUCUGUUAGUUGAUAAUCCAGUGAUGCCCAUCUUCCACCAUCUCCCAAAGGUCCACAAAAGCCUCUCAGAGAUUAAGGGAAGACCUAUAGUGGCAGGUAUAGGCUCAUUGUUGGAGCCCCUUUCCAAGUGGGUAGAUCAAUUUCUGCAGCCCCUGGUGCAUAAUUUGCCCAGCUACUUGAGGGACACCACACAUACACUGUCCAAACUUGAGAAGAUUACAUGGAAGCAGGAAUAUAGUUGGAUGGCUAUUGAUGUAGUCUCCCUAUACUCCUCAAUACCCCAUGAAUUUGGCAUUGAAGCCAUUAAAUUCUUUCUGGACAGAUAUACGGGUUCCUCGCAUGAGCAUAAAGACUAUGUUCUAAGGGUCAUUGAUUUUCUACUUAAGCACAACUUCUUUAAAUUUUCAGAUGUGUGCUAUCUCCAGAGAUGUAAUUUUACAGUUGAAUGGAACAAGACCACCAUUCAUUACCUUGAUGUGACCCUUACCUCAGAUUACACAACUGGUAGGAUUACUUCGUCCCUGUAUAGAAAACCUAUAUCUGGAAAUUCCCUACUACAUGCCCAGAGUAAUCACCCUGGGCAUGUCUUUAAGGGAAUUGUUAAGGCACAGUUUUUACGGGCUAAACAAAACUGUACCCUUGAAAAGGACUUUAAAAGUGAAAGCAAGUUGCUAACAGAGCGAUUACUGGCCAGGGACUACCCCAGGAGGGUGAUCAAUAGAGCUAAAAAGGAAGUACAAUUGAUGGAGAGGAAUCAAUUGUUGGUCCCCAAGAAUGAAAGACAAAAUAGUGUGCCAGGUCGUCAGGAGAACAAACAAAAGCCGCUAUUCAUCACGUCCUAUUCAAAUCAGUAUUAUCAGGUCUGCAAUAUCAUUAGGAGGAAUCUUCCCAUUUUGAGGGAUGACCAAAAAUUACGUAAUUCCAUAAGCGAUGGAUGCCAGUUUAUUUAUAAACGGAAUAUGACACUAGGGAAUAUUCUAUCGCCCAGUUUACUAAAAACGAACAAAGCCCAGAACUCAUGGUUACACUUCAAAGGGACCUUUAAGUGUGGCAAAAGAACAUGCAAAUCGUGUGAGCAUGUACACAUUUCUACUACCUUUGUCUCGGCCACCUCCUCUGAGGUGUUUGAGACCAGGGGAUGUGUGAAGUGUUCGAAUAAAUUUGUUGUCUACCUUGUGGAGUGUACCCUGUGCUGUCGGCAAUAUGUGGGUAGAACCACAAGGGAAGUAGGCUUUCGUAUCAAAGAACAUCUUGCACAUAUUAGUCAUGAUAGAGCAGUAUCAGCACUCUCCAGGCAUUUUCUUGAUGUUCACAGUGGUAAUGUUGGAUCCUUCAGGUGGCAGGCUAUCGAACAGAUAAUGAGACCCCCUCGUGGUGGAGAUGCAUUCCAGAUAUUAUCUAGGCAAAAAUAUACUGGAUUCAUAAACUUGGUAGCCUGCUACCUGUGGGGUUCAACUCAGAAUUCGAUACAAUUAACUACUGGCACCGUUAACUCUAUGUUAACUCUAUGUUUGGAUAAGUAUAUGUGCAAUGAUAUAAACGUAAUGUUUGUCAUUAUGUUUGCAGCAUACUGGGGUGUUUCAUCUGCGCCAACUCUUACCCUCCCUCACAACGUUACCCUGGCAGAAAAUGUUCCUCAGAAUACUCUUGUUACCAGAAUUUCUGCCACAGCUGCAACUCAUGAUGUCAUUGUCGGAGCUCCGUUUAUAGUGAAUUCUAACCCAGUGGUGCACCCAUUCACCAUUAUACCAAAAGGAGGUGGUAACUGGGAGCUGAUCACAACAAACACUCCUAAACUGAAUUUUGAGACUGUUCCAUUGUACACUCUGCAAGUGCUUGUGGAAGACAAUAAAGGAACUUCAGCUACUCAGACUAUUGUUAUUGAGAUAACGAAUAUCAAUCAAGCACCUAUUUUUACUGGGACGCUGGCUCAAAGAGAUGCGGAGGUGUACAUUGCAGAAAACACUCUUAAAUCUACAGUCAUUUACAAGGUGGCAGCCAAGGACCCAGAUAAUGAUAUUGUGCAGUAUUCCAUUGCACCUUCAAAUGUUGGAUUUCAGAUUGAUCCCACAGGAAGAAUAUAUACUACUACAUUGUUUGAUUACGAGAACAGUACAAACAGCUAUAUACUAACCGUAACCAUAAGUGAUGGAGCUCUUAGCAAUACCGCAAGCAUAAAAGUCUACAUCACGAAUGUGAAUGAUAACACACCUACGCUGUCUUGCGAGUUUUCAAAUAUCACACCUGCUGGAAUCUCCACUAAACGAGAAACAUCAGGAAAUACAGUUGCUAUCUCGUUAAAUGAGGAGCUUCCCAUAGGAACCGCUAUAACUACGUGCACUGCUGAUGAUGCAGACAAAAUGAAUGAUCUUACCUUCUUGUUGGAUCCAGGAAAUGCAUACCUGUCAAUCAAUAAAGUUACAGGAAUGGUCAUUAUUAUUGCCAGAAUGGACAGCGAAGAAACUGGCUUUGUUAGCGUUCAGUCUUAUAUCGUCAAAGUGUGUGAUACUGGAUUAAACUGUGCAUCAAUUUCUGUCAGCGUAACUAUUCUUCCAAUUAAUGAUAAUGUUCCAUUUUGUGAUCAAUACUUAUACAGUUUUACCAAACCGGAACCCAUUGAAAAAGAUACCCAGGUAGCCUCUUUGAGGUGUCACGAUACAGACAUCCCACCUAAUAUACUGCAAUAUCUGCCAAACAGUGGUCCACUUGGCCCAGGGAAAUUAUUUGAGCAAAUAGCAGCCAAUCCACACGUUGUACAGUUAAACAAAGAGUUAAAGUAUGACACCGACCUUGAAACAUCCUACGAGAUGACUGUAUCAGUGUUUGAUUCAGUGGACCCAGCACAUACAGUAACCGCCACUGUAAUCGUAUCUGUUAGUGACGUGAAUAAUUUUGAUCCUGUGUUCGAUCCAGCAACAUAUACCUUUAAUGUUAAAGAGACAUCACAAGCUAAAUAUAGUGUUGGAAAAGUGAGAUCUACAGACAAGGACCGUUCAAAUUGUGUAAGGUAUGGAAUAAUUAAUGGCAACACGGAGGUCAUUAAUUUGUUCUGGAUUGACCGUCUAUCUGGAGAGAUACAACUAAUCACACAACCAGAUUUUGAAACUGCUCCAUCACACACACUGAUUAUUGAGGCUACUGACUGUGACCCAAUCAAUCCCCGUAAAGCAGAGGCAAAAGUGACCAUUAAUAUUAUAGAAGAAAAUGACGAGGCCCCCAUAUGUAAGCCAUCAACAUACAAAGCUGUCAUCUAUGACAAUGUCACUUCAGGUGUCAACAUUAACAGCUUCAGACUUAACUGCAAAGACAGAGACUCCAAUGACACUGCAAUGCGGUUUGAAAUUGUUUCAGGAAACAUAAAUAACCACUUUGUAUUUGAUCCUACUCAUGGUUCCCACAAUCCUAAACUAAUUGUGAAAACUCCGUUUGACUUUGAUAAUGGCGCUGACAUGCAGCAGAAAUAUAACCUUGUGGUUCAUAUUAUUGAUGAUAAUGUUAAAUUUGGUAAAGUAGAGAAGCCGCGGACAGGAACUGCUUUAAUCUCCAUAACCGUAGUUCGCACUAACACGCCUGCGCCACCCACAACUGACUAUUAUAAAAGAAAAGGACUGACCAUAGUAAAUGAGGAUGUGAAUACCUAUGACUCUACUGCGUGGUAUAUACCCUUUGUGCUCACCCUCUUGGCAAUCUUCUGUGCUGGCUUACUUGCCUGGAUGUGCUACCUCAUAUGGAAAUAUGGUAACUUAAAGGCGCUUUGCCAAAAGGCAAAACAUAAGAUGCCAAGGAAAAAAGUAAGAACAUACAAAGCAGGAACCAAAAAAGAAAAAGUAGAAGUAAUAACAGAAACUACAACCUAUGAAACUGUGUUUGAUGGAGAAGCAGUGGAUCCAGUCACUGGACAGAUGUAUGAGUUUAACACCAAGUCAGGAGCAAGAAGAUGGAAAUCCUUGCAAGUCAAAGAGGAAAACAUAAAACUAUCAGAUAUAUCAACUGUUACAGAAACACUGACCCCUGCAGUUGUUCCGAGUGCGCCACUUUACCCUAUUUUAAAAGAAUAACUUGGUCUCUUUUUGAUGAUGUCAUCAAACGUUUUUUGAUGGCUUUGUGAAGAACAUUUCUAUUCAAAUUUGAUUUUGUUUGUUGUGUACAUUAAUUAUUAUAGCAUAAUAACCAAAAAUAACACAA